AUGACUAAUUUGAUUCGUUGUUUAAGAAGUGUACCGGUGGUAUUGUCCGGAGGGUACCAAUGAACCGCGGGAGAGCUGCCCGUUACAUCAGCUCUCGGUCACAGAGGAGUGCUGUGACAUCAGGAAGGCAGAGGAGAGAGGACAACAGAGACCAAUGGCAGAGACAGAGGCAAAGGCCAGCUCCAGCGGUGGCUACAGAGGACGAGAAGCAGAAGUUCGCACAGAAAAUCACAGAAGCAGUUCCCAAGGGAACAUGCCAGACCAUGUGUCCCUCUCAGGAACUGCAGGACCGCGAGGCUCAGAACAGGCUUCACCAUUUUGAAAUGGUGCCGGGCACCGAGAAAGACCGAAGGCCCAAGGGUGACCCUCGGCGUGCCGUCAAGGAGUACGCGAGACCAGCCGCUGGGAAAGACGCCACAAACCCCACUGACCUUCGACCACCGGCCGUGUUGUUGAAAACAGUUCACUACCUCAUUGAUGAAAUCGCUGCUUCUCCCAAUCUGCAUCCCUGGACAGAGGUUUAUAACUUUGUCUUCGAUCGGUUGCGGAGCGUGAAGCAGGACAUGAUCAUCCAGAGAGUGUCUGGAUCUGACUGUGUGGCUCUCCUGGAGCCCAUCGUGCGGUUCCUCAUUUAUGCUUCUUACCGUCUGUGCGGGGAACCCGUACGGCUGUUCGACCCGCGGAUCAAUGACACGCACCUGCAGGAAUUCCUCAGCUGGCUGUUUGAUUGCUACACAGCCGGUUCUGGUCCAAACCCAAACCAGGAGGAGUUCCAGGCUCUGGGGUUACUCUACAAUUUAGGUUCAGUCCGUGCCCACCAGCACGUGCUGGAACUCCCCCUGCAGCUUCGCACGUCCCCUUCAGUCGCGCUCGCCACGUCCAUCAACCAAGCCUUCCUGGAGAGGAACCCUGUGCGGCUGCUGCGGUUGGCCGGCGGCCUGAGCUUUCUGCAGACGUGCGCGCUGCACCGUCACCUGGUGACGUGCCGCCGGACCCUCCUCCUGAUCUACAGCCACGGAUUCAGCAGCCGCAACUGCCGCUUCCCUCUGGACAGACUCGCUCAGCUCCUGCGCUUAGACCCGCCGCUCGCAGCUCAGCUCUGUCAGCUGUGUGGCGUUCAAGUUGACCUGGAAAACCAAGUUCUCUUUUCCAAAUCUGCUUUUACUGAGCCUAAACCAACAGCACUGGACUGUAAACGUUACCACAGUGAGAGUCCUGAGAACCUGACGUCCCUCUCAGGGCUGCUGCUCCAAGGUCAGCAUGAGACGAGCGCCCAGUAGAAGCUCUUUCUUUGGCUCCCAAUUAUGAUUUGUUUUUUUAACUGAAUAAAAAUUUUAAUUUUGGA